UGCGCAGGCGCGGGGGAGGCGGGGCGCGGUGUCGCGCGGCGGCGGGCGAUGAGCGGCAGCGCCGAGGCCGACCCCGCGCCCGCGGCCCCGGCCGCCCCGGCGCCGCCCGCCCCCGCGCCUGCGCCCGCCGCCGACAACAAGCCCAGCCCGGCCGCGGGCGGCAGCGGCGUUCCCGGGGCGCCCCCGGGCGCGGUGGGCGGCGCGGCGCGGGGAGCCGAGGGCGGCGCGGCUGGCGGGAGGGGGCCCGUGCCCGUCUCUGCAGCGGUGGCUGCAGCUCCCCCUGAAGGGGCUAUGUCCAAUGGGGUCUACGUGCCACCCAGUGCGGCCAACGGGGACGUGAAGCCGGUGGUCUCCACGACGCCGCUGGUGGACUUCCUCAUGCAGCUGGAGGAUUACACGCCUACGAUCCCAGAUGCUGUCACGGGAUAUUACCUCAACAGAGCAGGAUUCGAGGCCUCCGAUCCACGCAUCAUUCGUUUGAUCUCUCUGGCCGCACAGAAGUUUAUUUCUGACAUUGCCAAUGAUGCGCUGCAGCACUGCAAGAUGAAGGGAACAGCUUCAGGCAGCUCCCGCAAUAAGAGCAAGGAUAAGAAGUACACAUUGACCAUGGAAGACCUGACGCCAGCACUUGCAGAAUAUGGCAUCAAUGUGAAAAAGCCACAUUACUUCACAUAAAGAGUGAGGGAUUGUCACUGGGGACUUUUUUAGGGUCGCUUCUGUGCCAUUAAACAGCUGGUUAGUUCUUUUGUGGAAAGGCA